AUGGAGUGGCAGACCACCGGCAGCCUGUUGCUGGCCACGACCGCGGCGGAGAUGACGCAGUUGGAGGCGCGCGCGACCAUGCUGCAGGCCAACGGCGUGGAGGGCGUGCGGCUGCUGGGGCGCGAGCAGCUGCUGCGGGAGGAACCGGCCCUGGGGCUGCCGGCGUCGGCGGCGGGCCUGCUGGUGGACAGCGACGCCCAGAUCAGCGGCCGCGCCGCCGCUUUUGCGCUGCUGGACGAGUGCCAGCGCCUGGGCGCCGCCACCGGCCGCUGCCGCGUGCUGCUGCACGAAGGGGCGGUCGCGCUCGAGCCCGCCCCCGCGUCGUCCGUGGACGCCGCCGCCCCGGGCGCGGGGCCGGGCGCGCAGGUGGUCACAGAGACCGGCCGCCGCGUCCGCGCGCGCCGCGGCGUCAUGGCAUGCCGCCUGUGA